AUGUCAAACUAUGUGAAAUUUAUGAAAGACAUAUUAUCAAAGAAGCAUAGAUUGAGAGAAUUUGAGACUGUUGCUCUCACUAAAGGGUGCACAAUAAUGUUGAAAAAUAAACUAUCUCCAAAGUUGAAGGACCCAGGGAGUUUCACUAUCACAUAUUCCAUUGGAAACCAUUAUGUUGGUAAGGUGUUAUGUGAUUCAGGAGCAAGUAUAAAUCUAAUGCCUAUGUCUAUUUUCAAGAAGCUAGAAAUUGGUAAAACAAGAUCUAUUAUGGUGACUUUGCAAUUAGCUGGUCAAUCCUACACCUGUCCAGAAGGUAAAAUUGAGGACGUACUGGUAAGAGUGGAUAAAUCUAUUUUUCCUACUGAUUCCCUUAUUUUAGAAUUUAAAGUUGAUCAAAAUAUGCCAAUUAUCCUUGGAAGGUCUUUUCUUACUACAGACAGAACUUCUAUUGACCUACAGAAAGGUGAACUGACCAUGAAGAUAAUACGUGAAUCAACGGUGAUUACCAGAAGAGGUCCAAGAGGCCGUGGCCGAGGCCGCGAAAGUUUUAGGGAUGGAUCAUCGACAUUGGGCCAUAUGCCCAAUGUUGGGGUAGGAGAGCCUUUGGCCUCACCCAUGGCUGAGACUAAACUAUAUGAUCGGGCCGCGGGGGAUGAUGCAUUGUCCUAG